CUGUUCCAGCCAAUGCCUAAAAAAAAAGGAAGGAAUAGACCUUGAUGUAUUGUAGGUGCUCCAAGAGUCUGCUUUUGCAGGUAUGCUGGGCUUCAGGUGGUUGCUCCAGCUGUGGUGGUAUGAACAAGUUGCUGCUGGGUGCUAGUGUUCUAGCUAGGCCUGUUGGGCCUCUUUCUUGCACAGAGUGCGUAGAGGUGGUGCCUGCUGGGGCCUCCUGACUCUGCCUUGGUUCUCAGGCAUCUUCCCUGAGGAUGACAUUCCUGAAGAAGCCUACGGGAGUCUGCAUGGAGGGCGGCCGGAGAGGAGGAUGAAGAAGCGUUUGUCUAAGUCGCGGUUGCAGAAGAAAGGGAAGAUUGACGAGGAUGCAAGUCCUGACCCAAGCUCAGAAACCAAAAGGAAGAGGAGCCGGAGGAGGGGUGCAGGGGCAGUCCCCGCAGUGCAGCUGGGCAGAGUGGAGGGUGUCCCACCCCAAGGGCAGCCCAGGGGCUGCGGCCAGAGAGCAGCUCGCAAGAGGAGGAGGAAGCCUCGGCAGCCAGCUGGUGCCAGGGCAAAGGUGGCCGAUGUCCAGGAGUCAGAGAAGAAGAAGUGGUCCCUGGAGGGCAGGAAGUGACGCGGCCAGUCGGGCCAGGCAAGGAGCAAGGGCUGCUGCUGGCUGCUCCUUGUCUGCACCGAGUCAAACAAGGGACAGGAUCAUCGGGCGUGCCCCCACUAGACUGAACG